UCGUCGCGGAAAGACCAGGAAAAUCCUAAAAGUGACAGUUCUACAGCGAUAAAAAUUCUGAACGUAAUCGAAUCUUCAGAUUGAUCUAAAAUUAUCGCGUAAUUCGAAAUUAAUAACUCGGAUGAUUCGUUAUUUGAGCAGGAUUUUGAAUUCGCGACGCUUCCCCUGUUGACAUAAAUGGCGGGCAUUGAAAAAUAUAGUAAUCCAGUGUGAUUAAUGUUUAUCAUUUAUUCGGCGAUUACUCUCUUUAUUUGGAGUUAUUGUAACGCACGACACAAAUUAGGAUGGUCAACAACUCGCAGGACAGGAUGAACACCUCUAACGACAAUAUGGAAGUUGACGAAUACAACGCAGAAUACGACGAGGAGGAUGGUUUAAGAGUCGAUGACGAGAUAUACAUCCCACCACCACUGAGAACUUUCAGCGAGGUUGAUACAACUGGUCCAAGACUUAUGAUAACUCAGAUCGUCAAUGAGAAUUUCAAGAGCUAUGCUGGCAGGACUACUAUCGGUCCUUUUCACAAGAGCUUCUCAGCAAUAGUGGGUCCUAAUGGUAGCGGCAAGAGCAAUGUAAUAGAUUCUAUGUUGUUUGUGUUUGGCUAUCGUGCCAGCAAAAUCAGAUCGAAGAAGAUCUCUGUGUUAAUACACAAUUCCAACGAGUAUUUAAAUCUGAAUAGUUGUACUGUUUCUAUACAUUUUCAAAAAUUAUUGACAAAGGGCUUGGAGGAGAUUAUGAAGUUGUUCCAGACAGGAAUUUGUCAUAUCUAGGACCGCUUUAAAGACAAUUCAUCGUAUUA